UGUGUCUCUCUGUCUGUCUGUCUAUCUGUCUCUUUUUCUUUCUAUCUCUCUCUCUAUCUGUCAGUCUAUCUCACUCUCUGCCUGUUUUUUGUCUGUUUGUCUGUCUGCCUUUCUCUGCCUUUUUUCUGUUUAUCUAUGUGUCUGUCUCUCUCUGUCUGCUUUUCUCUCUCUCUCUGCCUGUUUUUCUGUCUGUCUGUCUGUCUCUCUCUCUCUGUGUGUGUCUGUCUCUCUGUCUACCUGUUUAUCUUUCUGUCUGUCUGUCUGUCUCUCUCACUCUCUGUUUAUCUGUCUGUCUGUCUGUCUGUCUCUCUCUCUCUCUCCUUGUCUCUCUCUCCUUCUCUCUCUGUUGAUCUGUCUGUCUGUUCCUCACAAACACACAGGGGUAGACGCCCCUCCACAGCCCCUCCACAGGCUGCAGUGGUGUGUGUACUGCGGGGGUGAAACCUCUCAGGCAGACAUUAGGCAGUGGUUGAAUAGGUAGAGCUGGUUGAAGAGGUAGAGCUGUCACAGGUCAUUAAACGAGGUAACCAUAGGAAACUGAUUGAGGACUGAUUUAAGAUGACAGUGACUUACUCCAGUAAAGUGGCUAACGCCACCUUCUUCGGUUUCCACAGACUGUUACUGAGGUGGAGAGGCAGCAUUUACAAACUGCUCUACCGUGAAUUUCUCAUUUUUGUUCUUCUUUACUCCAUCCUUAGCUUCAUCUACAGAUGGGUGCUUACAGAUCCUCAGAAGCGUUUCUUUGAAAAACUGUCUAUAUACUGUGAUCGAUAUGCUGAACAGAUCCCUGUCACAUUUGUGCUUGGUUUCUACGUAACGCUGGUAGUGAACCGCUGGUGGAAUCAGUUUCAGAACCUGCCGUGGCCUGACCGGCUCAUGUUCCUCAUUUCGAGCUGUGUUCAAGGUCAGGACGAACAUGGACGGUUGUUGCGGCGCACACUAAUGCGCUACGUCAACCUCACCUCACUGCUUAUCUUCCGCUCAGUGAGCACUGCGGUGUGCAAGCGUUUCCCUACCAUUGACCAUGUGGUGGACGCAGGCUUCAUGACAUCAGAGGAGAGGAAGAUCUUUGAGAACCUCAAAUCACCACACCUCAAAUACUGGAUCCCUGUGGUGUGGUUCACCAAUCUUGCCUCCAAGGCAAGGAAAGAGGGGCGAAUACAAGACAGCGUGGAUCUUCAGACCAUACUUACCGAGAUGAACAAAUUCAGGACCUGGUGCUCUACUUUGUUUGGAUAUGACUGGGUUGGGAUCCCCUUGGUUUACACACAGGUUGUAACACUGGCUGUCUACACAUUCUUCUCAGCCUGCAUCAUCGGCCGACAAUUUCUUGACCCCGCUCAGGGUUACCAGGGACACGACCUUGACUUUUACGUGCCCAUCUUCACAUUGCUGCAGUUCUUCUUCUAUUCGGGAUGGCUUAAGGUAGCAGAGCAGCUCAUAAACCCAUUUGGAGAGGAUGAUGAUGACUUUGAGGUCAACUGGUGCAUUGAUAGGAACCUGCAGGUGUCUCUGAUGGCAGUGGAUGAGAUGCAUAUGAACAUUCCCCACAUGACUAAAGAUAUUUAUUGGAAUGACCCUGAUGUACGACCACCAUAUACCCUCGCUGCUGCAGACUACUGCAUCCCGUCAUUCUUGGGCUCCACUACUGACAUGGGUCUCUCCGAGAUAUUACAGAGUGAGGACGUUGAUACCAACAACCUACGGGGGCAGGCCACAGUUCUGGGUCGCAUGCGUCGCUUGCUGAGCGUCCAGGAGCCCAUAGAUCUAUACAUGCGUCCAUCUUUCAAACGCCACAGCAGUGACAGCCCCAGUUUCGUACCGUUUAGUCAAGACCACCAUUUUCACUCCAGAGUGGAGGAAAACAUGCAGACUCACUCCAAGCUAAAUUCCAAUGCACACUUUUACCCUCUUUCCACUGUCAACGAGGUGAACAGCACCACAUCUUCUCCUGAAGUCUCGAUACACACCCCUUUUCCCAACAACAUACCUUCAGUAGUGAUUAGUGAACCCCAUCUAGGAGACUUCAGUGACAGUGACAGUGUUGUGCUGGAGCGCACAGGACGUACACUAUCUGAGGAGUCUUCAUUAGAGUCAGCUCAGGUCCAGGAGCAUUGUGACAAGCAUCGUGGAGAGGAGGUGAACACAGCAGAAGGUGUUACAAACACAGAAUCCAGGAGUUUUGGCCACUUUUCUCCAGCUAGCAAGAGGAAAAGGAAUAAACUAUCAUUUCAGCUGUCGAGACAGAGCUCAGUGAAUUCCACAAAGACAUUUCCAAGCCCCAAAGAUGUCCUAAGAAGAAAAGAUCACCUUGUUAACCAACAGCAGGAAACUCUGCAGUUUGAUUCCACACAUCCAAAACAAGCAUCUGAAACUGUAGACUCAAGUAGCCAAGAGACAGAACAGAGAAGAAACCAAGAUGGCUGAAAGCAGCUCUUUGACAAUUCAAACUGGAAUGUUUGACCCAAACUCAGGUGACUCCAGCACUGGUUGGAACUCUGAUCUGGAUUUUCGCUGUGCAGCCUGUUGGAACUCCUUGGAGUGCACACACUUUUAGAUGAUAUACAGAAGUCAGUUAUCUUUCCCUGAACUGCAAAGUGUGAAGAAAAUUUUUUCAAUUGCUAUAUCAAUAUUUUUAUUUACUAAGUCGUUAUUUUGACUUACUAAAUCAUUAUUUUCAAAAUAACAAGAUACUAAUUCAAAAUAAUUUGUAAGUGAAAAUAAUGAGAUACUAAGGCAAAAUAACAAUUUAUUAAGUCAAAAUAAUGAGAUACUAAGUCAAAAUGAGAUACGAAGUCAUAAUAAUGACUUAGUAAGUGAAACUAAGUAAUGAGAGACUAAGUCAAAAUAACGAGAUACUAAGUCAAAAUAACGAGAUACUAAGUCAAAAUAACGAGAUACUAAGUCAAAAUAAGAUUCUAAGUCAAAAUAAUGGCUAAGUAAGAUACUAAGUCAAAAUAACAAGACACUAAGACAAAAUAAUAGAUAAGAUAAUAAAAAGUCAGUAAAAUACUAAUUCAUAUUUUAGUAAGUCAAAAUAACAGGAUACUAAGACAAAAUAACAAGAUACUAAGUUGAAGUAAUGAGAUACUAAGUCAAAAUAACGACAGUUAGUCAAAAUAACAAUAUAUGAAGUCAAAAGAAGAUACUAAGUACAAAUAAGAUACUAAGACAAAAUAACAAGAUACUAAGCCAAAAUACUGUCAAAAUACUGUCAAAAUAAUGACUUACUAAGUGAAAAUAAAGACAUAGAACUUGAAACAAAAAUUUCACAUCUUGUGGUUCAGGGCAUCUGUAAUCUUGUACUUGAAAGUUAUGUGAUAUAAGCCAUGUCCAUAUAGUGGCCUAGCCAUGAAAAUGCUUUAUGUGACUUGAAAAUUUCAGUGAGCAUUUCAAAUGGAAGUGUGUGAACAUUUUCCUAAAGCAUUCUCCUGUUUUACAACUACACUUUAAGUGUUUACUUUCCAUAGCUCAAUUCACUGUUAAUAUCUUCCAGAGAGAAUAUUCAUGUGCAAGAGGAUUAAACAGCAUUAAAAAGACUGACAUGAUUAAUAAUG